AAGAAUGGACAAAGACUUCCGCUACUAUUUCCAGCAUCCAUGGUCUCGCUUAAUUGUGGCCUACCUAGUGAUCUUCUUUAAUUUUUUAAUAUUUGCUGAAGAUCCAGUAUCUCACAGUCAAACGGAAGCAAAUGUCAUUGUUGUUGGAAACUGUUUUUCCUUCAUUGCAAAUAAAUAUCCUGACGAAGGUGGCUGGAACUUUUUAAAAGUCACUUUGUGGCUACUUGCCAUUCUCACAGGACUCAUAGCUGGCAAGCUUCUCUUCCACCAGCGUCUAUUUGGUCAGCUACUUCGGUUGAAAAUGUUUCGAGAGGAUCAGGGGUCUUGGAUGACAAUGUUUUUCAGCACCAUACUUUCUCUCUUCAGCUUUUCUCAUCUCUACAAUCUAUGUCUUCUUAUGGCAGGUAACAUGAGGCCAUACAUUGUGACGGACUUCAUGGGCAUCAGGAAUGAAAUCUUUAUGAAAGUAGCAGCAGUGGGGACCUGGAUGGGAGACUUUGUCACAGCUUGGAUGGACAGUUUUAUUUACUUUGACCUCAGUGAUUGUGCUGAUCAUCACAACAGACUGGAUAAACUGGGACAAGUUGAAUCGUGGAUUUCUGCCAAGUGAUGAAGUUUCGAGAGCUUUCCUGGCUUCCUUCACCUUAGUUUUUGACCUUCUUAUUGUCA